CAUGAAGAUCAUUUUGCUCUUUGGAUUGGUGGCAGCCGUCCUGGCUGAGGUGAAGAAUUUUGAUGGGGAAAAGGUUUUCCGUCUGAUGCCAACAACUGAUGAUCAUGUUCUCCUAAUCAAGGAACUGGCUAACAACGUUAAGUUGGACUUUUGGAGACCUGACAGUGUUGACUUGGUGACCAUUGAUAUGGCUGUGGACUUCCAUGUCCCCCUGGCCCACACUGACAUUGUGUACACAAUGCUGCAACAAAGCGGGAUGAAGAUGGGGGUGUUGAUCGAGGAUCUCCAGGCUGAGAUGGAGGAGCACCUAGACAGCAGAGACAUCAACCCCAGAGCCCACAGCUAUACCAAGUACAACACCUGGGACACCAUCCAGGCCUGGAUUGCCUCCAUCUCCUCUUCCAACCCAGAGUUGAUCAGUCGUCAGGUAAUCGGAAACACCUACGAGGGGCGGCCCAUGAACGUUCUCAAGAUCGGUAGGAAGUCCAGCUCCACCAAGCCCUCAAUAUUUAUGGACUGUGGCAUCCAUGCCAGAGAGUGGAUCUCCACAGCUUUCUGCCAGUGGUUUGUCAAGGAGGCUCUGUCCACCUAUGGUACUGACUCUGAGAUGACCAGCCUCCUGAACCAGAUGGAUGUCUAUGUUCUGCCCAUCUUCAACAUCGAUGGAUAUGACUACACCCACAAGACUAACAGAAUGUGGAGAAAGACCCGUUCUGCUCAGUCAGGGAGCAGCUGCAUCGGUGCUGAUCCCAACCGGAACUGGAACGCCGGAUGGUGCACCACGGGUGCAUCCCCCAACCCCUGCAGCGACACCUUCUGCGGCUCUGCGCCCGAAUCCGAGAUCGAGGUGAAAAACGUGGCCGACUUCAUCCGUAGGAACAAGUCGUCCAUCAAGGCUUACCUCACCAUCCACUCCUACUCCCAGCUGCUCCUGUUCCCCUACUCCUACACCUUUGCUCUGGCUGAACACCACAAUGAGCUGAUGGCCGUUGCUAAGGGAGCCUCCAAUGUGCUGCGUAGCCUGUAUGGAACUGAAUACACCAGUGGCCCAGGAGCUGCUACCAUCUAUCCUGCUGCCGGAGGCUCUGACGACUGGGCCUACGACCUGGGGGUCAAGUACUCCUUCACCUUCGAGCUGCGUGACACUGGCCGCUACGGCUUCCUGCUGCCUGAGUCUCAGAUCAAGCCCACCUGCGAGGAGACCAUGCUGGCCGUGAAGUACAUCGCCAGCCACGUGCAGAAGAACCUCUACUAGAGGGACGGAACCAAACAGAACCCUCAACAUUACAUCCACCUGUCCUCUACCGCCACGGUCCAUCAACACCCCGUGUCCACGGACACAGCAGCCAGCGCCGUGGUUUUUUUUUCUGGGUAGUAGGAUGAGAACAAACAAUAAAAAAUGUAUCUAAUUACA